AAUGACAUUAUAUAAUGUUUAUAAGAACAAUAUUCUUUUUAAAUUGUAUUUUAAUUAAACACUUUUGAUAUUUAAUAAUAAAACGGAAUACGAAAAUUAGUAAUCUUCAAAACUGUAUACACUUAAUGUGUGAAAUUAAUCAAAUGUUAUGACAUUUUUUGAUUAACAACAUAACCUAAACAGUAAAUUUGGCAAUUGCUGUUUUAAAUAAGCUGUGUAAGUUUGUAUUUUAAAUAUAAUUCUAUAAAAGUUUUUACCUUCCAAUUACCCUGUUACAUGCUUGCAAAUAAUUUUCCAUGAUGAUCCCUAGCAGAUUGGGGCUAACACCAGGGAUUCCUGAUCAUCCACUUUGCACAUCAUGGCAUGAUUCAGCUUGGAUUCCUAUUUUAAACACAGGAAAUGUAAUGGACUACUUUUCAGAAAGAUCUAAUCCAUUUUUUGAUAGGACAUGUAAUAAUGAAAUAGUAAAAAUGCAGCGCCUUAAUCCAGAUCAGUUGCAAAAUAUGACUGGUUUAGAGUAUGUAUUGCUUCAUGUUCAAGAACCUAUUCUAUAUGUGAUAAGAAAACAGCAUAGACACAGUCCUACACAAGUUGUUCCUUUUGCUGAUUACUACAUAAUUGCUGGAAUUAUAUAUCAGGCUCCUGAUUUAGCAACUGUAUUAAAUUCAAGACUGUUGUCGGCAGUACAUCACUUACAGUCAGCUUUUGAAGAAGCUUCUAGUUAUGCAAGAUAUCAUCCUAGUAAAGGUUAUUCAUGGGAUUUCAAAAGGAGUGGAAUUGAUAAAGUUAAAAAAGAAGAGAAACCAAAGGAGGAAGCAAGUUCCUUAUUUCAAAGACAAAGGGUGGACAUGCUUCUAGGUGAGCUGAUUAAAAAGUUUCCUUUGCCUCAGCCCCAACUGCCAAAAAUUAACCCCACAGCAGUUGUAAAAACUGAACCAGAAAAUGGAACUACAGAAAAUAAAGAGAGUAAGAGUGAUAAACAAGAAAAGAUAAAGCCACCACCAGAAAAGAAACCGAAAAUAAAUUGAUUUCUUUAUGUAUGUAUAUAGGAGACUAAUUUUUUAAAUAAUAAUAGUUAAAUAUUUUUGUA